GAACUUAUCCCUGUUUGUCUCUUCCUCAGCCCGAGCGGGAGUGAGCUGCGAAGUGUACCUGAAGUUGUUGACUACCUAGUGACGGAGGGCACCUGUAAGUGUGGUCUGCAGUGCCCCCUCCGCGUCGAGCACACCUUCAACUUCGACCCAAAGGUGGUGCGCUCUCGGCCCACCUUGCUGCCGGAGCUGGGCGGCGGCGACAUGACCAAGCUGUGCAACCACCGCAGGAAGCUCGCCAUCGCCUUCACCCACCACCUGCACAACAACGCCAAGAAAGGUGCGUUGAGGGGCGGAGAAGCUCACCUGGAGGAUGGAAGGAAGAAGCGUAAACGGAAAGCAUCGGAAAGCGUCGAGGCCCCAGCGCCGGGAACCCGAGGCCCCACCCCGUCGCAGCUGCCCAGAGGUACCCCAAGCCCUGCCCAGCUGCCGAGAGGGACGCCAAGCCCGGCACAGCUCCCCAGAGGCACCCCGAGCCCCGCACAGCUGCCCCGGGGAACACCGAGCCCAGCGCAGAUGCCGAGGGGGGUAGCCACGCCGACGCAGAUGCCCUGUAGCCCCCACAACCCGGUGCACUUGCCCAGGUUACCAUCACCUGCCCAGAUGGUGCGGGGGACACCAACGCCCACGCAGAUACCCAGGGGGCCGCCGACACCCUCCCAGAUGUCCCCCUUCAAUCAGCAGCAGCAACAACAACAACAGCAGCAGCAGCAGCAGAACGCAUUCCACCCACAACAAAACUGGGGCAUGACAGGUGGGAUGAUGGGCAUGAUGGGGGGUGUGGGGUACGGGCCCAGGCCAGGCAUGAUGAACGCAGGGCCCGGCUGUAACCACCACUACCCGCAGCAGCAGCACUGUGGCACCGGAUCACACAACUGCUGCGACGCCCACCACCACUUCCCCGUCAACAUGCCUCCGAACAUGAACGCCGUCGGUGGGCCAAACAUGAACCCCGUGAUGGGACCUCUGCGGCCUGGCAUGGGACCUAACUUCGGAGAGAUGGUCAGGGCUAACAUGUGUCGCCCUACAGACCCCUCCAUGUUCCGCUGUGGCAGGCCCCAGGGUCCCAGUCCUCUACCCCAGCAACAAAUGGCACAGCAUCAACCUCAGCCCCAGCAGCAGCCAUUAUCACAGCAACAGCAGUCACAGCACCACCAGCAGAUGCAGUUACAAGCCCAGCAGCAGCAGCAUCAGACUCAGCAAAAGCUACACCAGCAACAACAACAACAACAGCAACAAAAGCGAUCGUUACAGCCUCAGGAUCAAGGACAACCCCCGCAGCAAGGUCCUCCUCCUCCUCCGCCUCCUGGGAUGAUGGUUCCAGGCCCGCAUGUCAUGGCCAAUAUACGAGGCGUCGGACCUCAUCCAAACAUGAUGAACAAUAUGAUGUGCCGCAUGCCAGGCUCAGGAAUGAUGAUGCCAAGGGUUCCUCCGCCGGGGGUCAUGGCCACUCCACAGACCGCCAGUGAGCAGCCUUCAGUUCCUACGUCGUUUUGGGAAGAGGGAGAGAAGCGUCGCAAAACAGGGGGAAGGGCGAGGAAGCGUUUCAAGGGCACGAUCGAACGCGCUUCCCCGUGUCCGAACGUUGACGUGCGGAACAUGCAGAAUGAGCAGCAGUCUGGCCCGGCAGGGAGUGGCCAAGGUGGUCCAGGCCCUCCUGCCUCCGGCCCUUCCUUCAUGGACGACCCGAGUGGUUACCUAGCGCAGCAGACGGCCCUACUUAAUAACACCAUGGCGGGCGGGGGAAUGGGCCAGUUCUCACCGCAGGCUCCAGGCGUGUCCCCAAGACCGCCACCUACAUCAGCGCCACACUCCGCUGCUCCACCAGUCAGUGUUAUGAUCAUGCCCCAGCAACAGCUUCAGCCUCAGUCUCAAGCAGGAGCAAUGGGGGCAGGAACCUGUGCAGCAUCCCUCAGUGCUCAGGUGUCCUCAUCCCCAGCUGUUGUCCCUCUGCCCAGCAAUGUUCCUCUACCAGCAAGAGUGAGCAAAGCCGCCACUCAGACCACCAACACCGUCAUGACAACGCCCACUGUCCUUUCCUCACAGUCAAGUCACACCAACUCCACGAGGACCACCACACCAACGUUUUCUUUGCCCGUCACCACCGCUGCGAACCCAAAGCCUCACCACCUCAGUACUGCCACCAGUGACACUAAGAGUGGCGCUGCAGAGAAGGGUAACAGUCAGGUGGAUGUAACCUUGCAGGCAAGUCAGAACAAUGAGGAAGUUGAGAUAUUUUCACCUAAAGUUGCUAAAGGAGAGUCCAGUAGUCUUGUACAAACCACCACUGUGACGUACACCUCAUCGUCUACUCUCACCACCGUCACAAAGAUAACAGACUCCAUGGCAGUCACCACGCAGGCUGGCUCUGGCUGUUCCCACCAGAAGAAAGAGGCCAGGCUGUGCUUGAAGAUGGAGGAUGUGUCUCAUAAGAUUAAGCGUGAAUCAAAUUCACCGGUAGAAAACUUGAAGCCUCCAGUUACAUCGUCAAGUACCAAGGAAUUCAUAAAAGCUGAUCCUUGCCAGAAAGAAUCCGCCGUUGUGAAGCAGUGUGAGAGUGAGGCCAGCAGCCCCGAGCAGCGUCCCAGCAGUGGCCCGAGCAGCAGUGUUGAGAACAUGUCUGCCAACAAGCCCCUCACCCCCGGGCCACCUGGCGUCAGCACCGUAGCAGGAGUCACUCAGUCCCCGCUGGAAAUGGUACAAAGCAUAGUUAGUAGUAUUCCUGUCCCGUCAUCACUCGGAACUCUUCGGCCAAGUCCUCAGCAACAGCCACUGUCUCAGAUCCCGCCGCCGCCGCCGCCACUUUCACAGCCCCAGCAGCCACCACAGCUGUCACAGCAGCAGCCAACACCAGUUCCUGUGUCACUGUCGCCGGGUAUCUUCAAUUGCCCCAUAUCCACCAACGUGACUGUGUAUAGUGGAGGUGGAUCAGGGGGAUUGGUCCGUGCCUCGGGACCCGUGCUGGUGAAUGGCCCCGCCCCGGCCCAGACUGUGUUUGCCACCAGCAGUGGAGCCGUCACUUGCCCUGCCAGCAUGGUGGUGGUGUCCUCCCCCUUCAGCAAGGGCACCGGCAGCACGGGUGCCGCCGUCACGUCAGGCAUGGCGGGGGUGGUGGGGGUGCAGGCCGCCGUGCCCCAGGUGCAGGUGCAGCAGCAGCUGGCACCCAUGCAGCAGCACAUGCAGCCUCAGCUUCAGCCACAGUUGCAGCCACAACUACAGCCACAGCUACAGCAACACCUUCAGCCUCAGUUACAACCUCAGAUUCAGCCACAACUUCAACAGUUCCAGCCUGUACAGCCUGUGGUGCAGCUAGUCAACACAUUUGCCACAAUGCAAGCUCCAGUUAUUAUUCAGAAUGGCGGCAACAUCAUCCAGUCAUCAGCUGGUCUGCUGCACAGCCCGGGAGGCAUGAUAACCGCCCCCGCCAACCUUCCACAAGGAACUAUCAUGGCGGGGCAGUCACUUGUCCCUGCUACGGCAGCCACACUGGCCGUGGAGACCGCACCACACCAGCACCACCAGCACCAGGGGCAGGUGGGCCAGCCACAGUCCUCGCCACACCUCCAGGUGGCCCAGGUUGUCACGACUGGCCUUGCCGGGGAAACGGUGGAGGAUUCCCGGACAAGGAAUGCUUCAACUCCUCUGGGAACUUCAGGUUCAACUCCCUCUACCCCACACUCCACUCCCGGCUCCACUCCUGGCUCUGACACUCCCUCCAGCGGCGGGUCGUCAGGAGGCCGUCGUCGCAAGCGGAGACGCAACACUUCCACGCCACAAGGAUUAUCUACCUCACAGUCGUCGCCGCAGCAUCACCAGCAGCCGCAGGGAGGAUUAGUGCCUGCAAUAAUUAUGGGCAACAAAGUUCCUCAGCACAUGGUGAUGAACGGUCCUCACAUGACCCAGAUGUCGCCCUACGGUGCCAUGGGCACCAUGGCUGCUGCGGGACAGAUGGCACAGGUAGCCACAGUCACCAGUCAGGUAGGUGGCGGGCAGAUGCUGCAGGCAGCAGCUGCACAGGGGACUGGGGCCAUCAAUGUCGUCCAGAUGGUGGGGAACACAAUACCCAAUUUGCCAGUACAAGUACACAACCCACCCGCCAUUGUUGUUGGUUCAGCGCCUCCACAGGGUGUGGUAAUCAACCAGCUCGCAGAUGGAACCUUUAUAUCGACUGAUCCCAACACUGGCAUGUCAUACCCAGUUCAGCUGCAGCUUUCUGGCGGCCACAUUGUGGGUGUGACUCCCGCUGCCAGCGCUUCAGGAGGGAUGGUGGGGCCGCUGACCACGGGGCCAGCCGCCGGGGGCAUGCCGGCCAUGGUUGCCGUGCGUCCCCCUGUUCCUCACACAGCGGCCGUGGUCAGCGGUGCCAAGGUGGUGAACAUCUCCCCGUCUCCAGCCUCAACACAGCUUCCUGGGGGAGCUGGUGUACACGUUCUGCCCGUCACUGCAGCUCCGGCAAACUACCAAGCUGCCGGCACCAGUGUUAGUCCUGGACAGGCCGUGUGUGUGGGCCAGGUGACCGCACCCUCAGUGGUGGUGACCUCAGAGUACAUGGGUGGUCAGCCGGUGGUGAUGAGUGGAAGUGCCAACAACAGCAGCACCACAGUUGUGCAGCACAAGACAACCAUUGUACAGCAGCGCACCACCCUCGUCACUACACAAGGCAGCGACGAGUCUGGCACACAUUCCUCGGUCUCCACCCAGACACCCGGCGGCCUGGGGGAGAGUGAUGUCAGCAGCUCAGACUGUGUGAGCACAGCAACGCCGUCCUCGCCCUCCCACCAGAGUGCGGAAGUCACCACGACGCGGCACGAUGAAGAUGCCUCCCCCCCCACUGACCCGCCCCUCCCACUCCCGUCACACACCCCGGAGAAGAACAAACGGUCCAUUCCUGAGGAGCCCCACAGUGCAUCCACCUCAGAAGAGGUGGUUGCGUGUAGCCGCGGAGUGGUGUGGGGGCCGCACAGGGGCCACCACUACUGGCCGGCCCAGGUGCUUCACCAGGUUGGUGGUGAGUGUGUGGUGCAGUGGUACGGGGACCACCGCGUGGACACGGUCAAACAUUCCGUCCUCACCACAUUCCCCAUUGUCCCUCCCCACGCCCCCGCCAGACGCAGUGUGAGAGGAAGAAACGCUCUUGAGAAGGCCAUCGCUGAGGCGCUCAAGGCCAGCACAACUGACCUCCAGGACUACCAAGAGCUUCAACAGAGGAGCAAGAACAACAACAUUGAGGCUCCGGUGCGCCUGGCUGCCGCGGAGGACGGCUCACAGAUGGGUGUGACCGGCCGCCUCAAGACCAAGGCCAGCAGCAAGCUGGCCAAGCCGGCCCUCAAGUGCCAGGACAUGAACAUUUCCAUCAUUUACCAAGACACUUUAGGGGAAGGAAACAGAAAAAUUACAAAUAAAGUAAAGACGUUGCCAAUGAGUGCAUCUCUGGUCCCCUGCGAGUCUCCGAUGCCUCCCCCCCACCUCCUGCUCCCCGCCCCACCCCCCAUGGCCCCACCCCCCACCACCACCACGCCCACCACCCUUGUGGCAGCUACAAGGUCCAGUCCAAGAAGAAGGGUUAGGUGAUAUACAGUUUUCAGAACUUUAUAAGCCUAGAUCUUUGCAAGACUUUAAGACAAAGUUGUAUUUUAUCUUAUUUAUGAGUUGUAUUUAUAACAGUUCAUAUCAUUUAUUAUUUGAGCUGUGAGCUGUGUCAUGCAAGGGUACCAAAGGUAUCUAAACAGUAACAACACUCUUCCUUUUCAUUAAUCAUCCGCAUUUAUAUUUUCCACCGAUUAUUGUUUAUCAUUAUUUGAAUGAAGUAAGUUCAUUCAUGUAAAUUAGUAUGUGCCAUGCUAAGCCUAGUAAUUUCCAUAUAGAGGUUCAUAUCUAACACCAGCAGGUUAUCCAUCCUCCCUAUGUACUCAAGCUCUUGCUGAGCAGUCAGACUAAACCCCAGGACAGACACACUCCUCAACACACUGAGGAGCAAAAUCUGCACCCCAGCUGUGGUCCUUCUUUCACCCCCUUUCUCUUUGUCAUUAUUAUCAUUGGUUGCCACCACUGCACCGUCAUGUGCCAGGAGUGAUACUUUGCGUCUCAGGUUGGGUGCAACUCUAGUGAAUCUCACAUGAUAGGUGUACCAGCAAAGGAUAUCACUUCCUCAGUACAGGACAGGUGUGACAGUGCCCCCUCACACAACUUACGUCAUUGAUUGUAUAGUGGCACUGCUCCAUCUCAGGUUAAAUGUGGUACUGCUUAAUUUUAGAGGAUAUGUGUUUAUUCCUGUCACCUACUAAUCAGCUGUUACAACCUUCCCUCCCAUAGUAAGUUGUGGCAUUCUUCCUUCACACUAAAGGUUGUAUUUUGCUUCACCUCAUCUGACGUGCCACAUCUACCUCCCUCAGCAUUGGACUAAUGCAAGACUGAUCCUACUCUGUCCUUUUCUUACAAUACAUUCAUAGUUUCAUCAUUGAGUGAGGCUUGUUAUUACUGAAUCUUCUCCUUAGAUAUGAUUGUAGCUUCCUGAUCUCUGCAAGGUGUCACUGGCUGAUACACAUUAUGUAUGUUACAUAUUUCAUUUCCCAGUCAUGACUUACCAGCAUGUGCUUCUAUUUACCCAUUAUUGUGAGUAUAUCACUGCUCCAUUAAUUGUUCUAUAUAUGAGACUAUUAAGAACUGAUGAUCAAUUUUCAGUUUCUUUAUGCCAAGUCUGAUUGCUGGCACAAUGCUACAGCCAUUACAGUACUCUGUGUGGCUGCAGCCUUUGGAGCACACUGCGGCACAGCUCUAGCUCACAACGCAAGGUUCACCGGCCAUCAGCAUAACUGUAGCGCUACGUUCUGACAGGGAUGUUGGCUCUGGUACAUUCAAAGUGCACUCCACUUCAACACGGCUUCCUGGCUCUUGAAUAAAAUAGGUUAUACUUUUUGUAUGACUCAAAGGUCAUUAAGAAAAGAGUUCCUCUUCUUGUUGCUCCUAGUGACAAGAUAACAUUGAACUUUAAAGAUUGUGAAAAUGUUCUAGUUUUAUACCAACUGUGGCAGUGACUCAAAUCUUGGCUUGUAAAGUUCUUUUUUAUCUGAAAGAUAAUUACUGGAUACAAAUUUGACAUACUAGUUAUUCCUCAACUUUUAUUUGAAUAUUAGAUGACAUGGUAGCUAUCAGAGUUAUAGAUGCAAAUAUUAUAUUUUGUUUAGUAUUAUUCAUACACAUUGUGAUUACAUUCAAGUAAACUAACAUCAUCUUGCCAUGUUCUUAGUAAUAUAUUUUUAUCAAAGUGUUAUUCUAUGAUGAUGGACACAAAGACUUUUUGAAAGUGUUGGUUUCUCAAAGAGAAAUGUCUGCACACUCUUGCUGGAGUCCAUUCAGGCAGUGUUCAUCUGGCACCCAGGGAGAGUUGUCAGGCCUCUGAUGAUUGGCUGUAUCCUUUCCGGCAAAACAACAUUGCAGUCUGCUAUGUAAAGUUUCCCACAGCUUUCUGUAGUCUUAAUAUCAAUUUCUGUGUUGAACUGAAAAUAUUAAUGUAUAGCUCAACAGCAUAAAGUCUCAGGAAAUCUCCUACCACAUUUAUCACCAGCAGACUGAUCAGCUGAAGGUUAUUCAGGAAGAUUUCCACCAGAUUGCUGCCAACUUUCCAGUGUCUCCAAGACAGUGUGUUAUGGGCGGUUGGCAGUGACGCGAAAAACUCUAGGGACACAGCCAGUCACGUUUACAUUACUUAACAGCUCCUGACUUUUGUUGUCAAACCAUGAGAGCAUGUGAGACUGACAGACAACCUCCAUUAGAGCAAAUGAAAUUCAUACAGUCAGGAGAGGCCUCACAAACGCCUCCCAGGUGCAAGAGGAUCACAUGGCUUGAGCAGACUCCAGCAGUCCCUUCUUAGGAUUACAUACUAAACAAUAUAGUGUGGGGAGGGUGGAGGUUCCUGUGUGGCCAGAGAUGAAUGUCAGUGUCAGUGGUGUAACUGUAUCCAAAGGUAUUUUACUGAGUUAUAGAUUUGUAAAUUAACUGUAAGGUUUCUGAUGUAUUAAUUAGAAACUGAAAUGAAUCCAUAGGGUAAAAGAGAUUUUGAAAUUUCUUUAUAUCAAAGAGAUGCUGUGGAAAAAUAAGCUGAACUCUGAAUUCAGUCGGUUGAUUCAAGGGGUCAUAAAGGCUGUUUUGUAUAUAAAUAUUUUUUCUUACUUAUUAGUUUAUAAAUUUUGUUAUAUGAAAUCAAAGGGGUAUGUUUAUGGAGGAAGAAAUUUCUAAAGUUUACUGUUCUCUAGCCAAGCUUAGGAAUGAAGGAUGUGGACUACACGCUGCAACACAAAUCAAAAGGAAGGCAAAGCAUUGUGGACGAGUAGGGUCAAUCAUACACCAGCAUCCUUACCUUACUUGCUUCUUACUUACAGUUCUAUUGAUUUUACAAAGAUUUAAUUGUACAUAAAUAAUUUUAUGCUUGUUAAAAGACUAAUAUAUGAAUGGUCAUUGAUUAGUCAUUAGCUCUUAGUAACAUAACAGUUCUCAUGACUGUGAGGGUCGUCAUGGUUGAUAUCGUUUAUCUUCAUUUAAUGUACUAUCUGUAUAGCAAAGUUCUGUAUGUUUAUUGAAAAUAUAUUAGUAUUAAGUAUCUGGGAUAGAAAAAAGUACUCUAGCUAAGAAUUAUGCUUAAAACUAUUCACAGUAAAGCCUUAUAUCAAGUGGUGAAGAAUUGCAGACGUCUUCCACUAACACCCAGCAGGCUUUCCAGGUUCAAAAUAGCAUCUCAUGUUAUGGAUUUGACUUACUUAUUUGUGAAACUCAUAAAUCUGUCAUAUUCAGUCAAUAAGUUAAGUUGAUCGAUUUACCCUACACAAUGCUGUCCUAGCAGUGACACUCCCCAAGGAUGCCCCCUGCUACACUGACUGAGCAAGCCAGGUUGUGUUACACGUGCCAGCUAGCAUUUAGCCUCAACCCAUCACAACCCAGAGAAGAAGAAUGUCUUAAGGUGCCUUCAGUGUGCCAGUAUUAGUGGAAAGUAUCUAUGUGAUAGUGCGCAUUUUGUACACAUUUAGUGGAUCGUAUUUAUGAAAGGAUGACAAUAAAUGGUGAGUUUCCAGGUCAUAGACUGCAUUGUUGAUAACCAUAAUUGUGAAUCAAAACUGUAAUACAAAGUUUUAUUUUACAUAAGAGGACUUAAGACAAAGUCACCUCAAUCAAAUUUAUGUAAGAUUACACAUUGGUCAUAAUUGGCUGUAGCUUCAGAACUUGGAAAUGGUUAUUAUUAUUUAUUUGAAUAUUUCACCAAUUCAAUAUUUCAAGGUUUGAUCUGUGUACUUGAAGACUUGGCCUCAGAGAGAAUCCUAAUAUACUCAUUUUUUCCAGAUUGUCUGUAAGUAGCCAUACAAGUUUUCAGUAUCUGAUAAUGUCCAGAUAAUUUGUCUCUGCUUUGCUGCCUUGCACGAGAGGCAGCUCAGUUUCUUUGGCUGAGCAUCCUGAAGUUGUAAUAAGAUUAAUUGCAAUACAUCAUUUUAUAUUAAUGCUAAUUUUCUUUUGGUAAGUUGUUGAGUAUGUUAAUUACUUAAUAUUUAAAACCUUUUACUUCAUAUCAGUGUGUAUAGAAAGUACUAUAUUGACUGUCAAUAAUUGGUGUAUGAUUCGUAGCAUUGUUCAGGUUGAAGAAUAUUAUUACUCGGUCUGGUAUGAGUUGAGUAAAGGUUUAAUGACUAAUUGUUAAGUACAGAAGCAAUAUGUUCCGCCAUCAGCCAGAACACUCACCGCACCGUCAUCCAAGGUGUUCGUACAGGCAGCUUGGAAAAAAGGUCAAUAGUUAGGAUGUGUGACUUGUCAGAGCAAAGGUAACACUCAUUUAUCUUCAGCAGUAUCCAGAAAAUGAUUAUAUGCAUUUCAGUGUUUCCAUAGAUUUCCUUCUCAUGAGUUUUCUUUGUUGGUUUUCAUUCAUUAUGUAAUUACUUUUUCAUAUGGCCAAUUUCUUUGCCAAAUUAACAUUAUAACAUAACUGCUAAGUACAAAUUAUGUAUUUCAAGUUGUGUAACUUUGACUUUUAUUUCUUUAUUGUAUUAAGUCUUGGUGAAUAUCAUCAUAAGUUUGUGUAUAUUUGUAUUUUACUGCAUGAGAUUAUUAAGGGAUUGACUGUGGUAUGGGUUGCCUGGGAGGACAAGAUUGCCAUUUAUCUUAAAACAGUGCUUGGUAGGAGUUGCCGGCGCUCCGUGUAAGAAGUGUGUAUUAACUUAGUUACGCUUAUGUUUGGGGUCAUUUAAUGUUACGUGAGUGGAGGCCGGAGUGACUUCUAUCAUGCGACUGGUGAUACUAUUCUUGUGUUAUGAGCCCACAUGCCAAAGACUAAACACCACAUCACAGGGUAGUGUGGUGAUGAUAAAGGUUUGCACCAUGUUGUAACUCUUUAAAGGUAAUAUAAAAGAGGAUGUGGUUUACAUAUUAUGUUUUUACAAAGGAGUAUUGCUUGUUUUUAACCUCCUGCAGAUAGUGACCAGUGUUGCCACAGUGUACAAGUUGUUGGCUGGUGAUGACGAUGAUGAUGGGUCUGUGUGAGGGCGUGCGCUGUACAGAGAGAAAGAAAGUGAACUCAAUGUACAAAUUUAGUAGUGAUGUGUUGUAUGGGGUAUAUAUUUUGAGUCAACAUGAACCCUGAAAGAUAAAAGUUGACUAUAAAUAUUAAUUAUUUCAAUAAUGUAUUUAAGUAGUUAAAAACAAACAGAAUAAUUCACAGUGUUGCAACAAGUCCAGCAUUAGAGUUUGUUUUGCUCCUGAAAGUGAAGGUGGCUGGCCUGCCGGCGAGCGUAGGAGUCGAGAAUACUAGACGUGAGCAGCUUCCUAGCUUUGUUGGUCACUCCCACCGGGGGUGUCUGGUGCACUGACUGGCAACACUUGUUUUCUGCAAGCCAAAGAUGCUCGUUGAGUUGCUGUACAGGUUCAGGUUGUUCGAGCUUAGACUAGAAAUAGAGAAGUGUGGUUUAUAUUGUGUGUACAGAAGAAUUAUUAUAAAAUGGAAUUCUUAGAUUUUGAAAUGAAGAUAACGUCCCAGUUUUUGGUCAGUAAUGGACCUCUUGUUAAUUAACCACCAAGUGGUUUGUUUCAUGUUCAAAUGCAUUAUGGGUGUGUAUUCCCAUUAGACCGCACAGGUCUUAGUAAGAUGUAUAUUUUGCCUUGAUAAAUUAUAUUGGGAGCCACACACAUGUUGAACAUUGUUGUCUCACUACCUAUUUCCUACUGACCAGUCUGCAGACAAAAAUUGAUUACAUUAGUUUACACAGUUUUAUUUUUUUAUUAUGUUAUUUAUUACUUAAUCUGUAACUAAUCCUGAGUGUAUGCUUUCUUGAGUUCAUUAAUAAACAGACAGACUAAGCGUGUAGCGCGAGGGAACACCCCUGCAGACUGACGAUGCCUUCUUUAUAACCAUUUUCCACACCAUCCCGGUCUCUGCCUUACAUCACGACGGCCAUUCUCUAGGACCUUGAUAGUCAAAAUCUUAACUCUCCAACAUCAUAUUUUUGUAUUUGUUAUAUAUAUUCGCACACAAGGUUUGUAACAUAAACCUAAAACAUAUGAAAAGAGGAACAUCUGAGUCCUAUGUCAGGAUAGUGUUGAGAUGUUUCUCACAAUGGUCUUAGAUUAUUGACAUAAUGAUGUACAUUCAAAAAUGUCUAAACUUCUCUUACUCUUUACUUAAUUUACCCUUCAUGAAAUUCCUAUCCUUCCACUUCCCCCUUCAGUCUCUCCUUGGUAAAGAAGCAAUCUGUUUGUUGCACUUCUGGACACCCCUACCUAAGAGGUAUCUUGAUAUUAUACUAGUUUCCCCUUUUGCUUUAACAAAAUGUCAAGCUUUAUCCAAUACACAGUUUCAACUUCUAGUAUA